AUGAUAGCAGAGACAGAAAGAUCAAAUGAGGAUGUUUACCCCAUCCCCCAGGAUUCAGAAGACAUGAACAUGUUUCAAAAGGGCACUGAGACAACCAGUGAAAAGGAGAAGUCCUCUGGUGAGAAUGAUGGACAGAAGAAAAUUCAAGAGGACUUUCAAAUUGACAUGGAUGCACCAGAGACAGAACGUGCAGCGGUGGCAAUACAAUCUCAGUUCAGAAAAUUCCAGAAGAAAAAGGCAGGGUCCCAGUCUUAG